UGUCGCCCGCCCGUUGCUAGGCGGUGCGGAGGCAGCGGCGGCGGCAGCUGGAGACUCGGCCCCCAGGGAUGCUCGUAGGCGCUGCGGGGCGAUGGUGGUCAGUGGCCCUCAGGCAACUAUGGAGAAAGAACUUCGAAGCACCAUUCUCUUUAAUGCAUCAAAAAAGGAGAUAUUUACUACCAACAGUGGCUAUAAGUCCUUGCAGAAAAGGCUUCGUAGUAACUGGAAGAUUCAGAGUUUAAAAGAUGAAAUCACAUCAGAGAAGUUGAUUGGGGUAAAAUUGUGGAUUACUGCAGGACCAAGGGAAAAAUUUACAGCUGCUGAGUUUGAAGUGCUAAAGAAAUAUCUUGAAAGUGGCGGAGAUAUCCUUGUUAUGCUAGGAGAAGGUGGUGAAUCCAGAUUUGACACCAAUAUUAACUUUCUACUAGAAGAAUAUGGGAUCAUGGUUAACAAUGAUGCUGUGGUGAGAAAUGUAUAUUACAAAUAUUUCCAUCCUAAAGAAGCUUUAGUAUCCAAUGGGGUCUUGAACAGGGAAAUAAGCCGAGCUGCGGGAAAAGCUGUGCCUGGAAUAAUUGAUGAGGAAAGCAAUGGAAACAAUGCCCAGGCUCUCACCUUUGUAUAUCCAUUUGGUGCCACACUGAGUGUAAUGAAACCAGCAGUAGCUGUUCUAUCAACUGGGUCUGUCUGCUUUCCUCUUAACAGACCCAUUCUGGCUUUCUACCACUCUAAGCUGGAGGAAAUUAUAGACAAAAUGCUGGAAGAGGAAGCUGAAGACAAUGGUAGAAUCUCUGUCAGGGCAGAAAAAAGGAUUAGAAAGAAGAUCUAUAAUCUAUUUGAGAGAAAUGAGAACCAAGGUGGAAAGUUGGCAGUGCUAGGUUCUUGCCACAUGUUUAGUGACCAGUAUUUGGAUAAAGAAGAAAACAGCAAAAUCAUGGAUGUAGUUUUCCAGUGGCUCACCACAACAGACAUCCAUUUAAACCAGAUUGAUGCAGAAGAUCCAGAGAUUUCUGAUUAUACCAUGUUGCCAGAUACCGCUAUGUUGUCAGAGCGACUUCGAGUGUGUCUUCAGGAAGGUGAUGAGAACCCACGUGACUUCACAACUCUCUUUGACUUAUCCAUUUACCAGCUGGAUACCACUUCCUUAUCUAAAGUUAUCAAAGCUUAUGAACAACUCAAUGUGAAGCACGAGCCUCUCCAGCUCAUCCAGCCUCAGUUUGAGACUCCACUGCCUGCCCUUCAGCCAGCCGUUUUUCCUCCCAGUUUCAGAGAAUUACCACCACCUCCUCUGGAACUGUUUGACUUGGAUGAAACUUUCUCUUCAGAGAAAGCACGGCUUGCUCAAAUUACCAAUAAGUGUACUGAAGAGGACCUGGAAUUCUAUGUCAGGAAGUGUGGUGACAUUCUGGGAGUGACUAGUAAACUACAAAAGGAUCAGCAAGACGCUAAACAUGUUCUGGAGCACAUAUUCUUCCAAGUUGUGGAGUUUAAGAAGCUGAAUCAGGAGCAUGAUGUUGAUACAAGUGAAGCUACAUUUCAUAGCAAUUACUGAGUACAGUGUCUCUUAUAAGACCAGAAGAGGGGGAGAUACUAGAACAGCUAACUUGUUGUCUGGUCUCUCACUAUAAACUCUUUUCCAACUGUUUUUCUAUAUAUUUGUCAAAAUUGCCUCUCCACUAUGAGCCGUGCACUUUCAUAUUGUAAAUAGGUACAAAGUUAAAGAUUCUACGUAUCUUCUGAGUGACUAGGCAGGUGCACUAUGAGGAUUGCUAACUAUCGAAAUUAUUAUGUAAGACAAAUGUCCCGUAUUCUUUUUUUUAUUGGAGCUAUACUUUUGUAAUGUCAGAAAUAUUCUUACAUUAAAAUGUUCUCUUUCAAUUCCAGUCCUGUCUUUAGUCUUGUUAAAGGUGUAAUAAUCUGGUUCAGUUUUUUGGUGAUCUUUAUGCAACUUUUCUUUUAUGCCUAAUGAAUAAUAAAUGCUAUAGAGAAUAA